AAGAGUGAAAGAGACUUCCCCGUCUCAAUAAAAAGGAGAGAUAAAUGAGAGAGAAAGUUAGGAUAGAGACUCCAUAAGAUAGAGAGUCAGUGAAAGAGAAAGAUUUGUGGGUGUGUUUAUAUAUACUGCAUUGGAUCCUUCGCCGAAGUGGGUCGUCAAAAGCCUCUCUCCCUUUCCUUUUCUCUCUGUCAAUCUCUUUCUCCAUCAGAAACAUCUUGAGAGCUAAAUUCCAAAGAAAAGCUGAGAGAGAAAUCAGAGAACAAACAAGAAAGAUGGUGAUGUGAUGAAUUAAACUCUUUGGCGUUUUCGUUCCUUUAUCGAUAUCAAGCUUCUUUCUUCUCUUUCUAGGCUUUUAAGCCUCGGGCUUUCGACUAAUUAAAACCAUGGGCGAGUCCAAUUCUGAUAAGUUUCUCUCUGAGAAAGAUCCAAGUAGUACCAUGGAAUUCAAUUGCUCGGUUAGACCUCCUUUAGAAUCCCAAAAAGAUCAGUGCCAAACUGCACCUCUUCAAGAUGCUGAUGAUGAGCCUCAACAAAAAGAAGAGAGAGUACCAAAAGAACAAGAUCAGCAACAAGAAGAAGUAGAAGAUAAAUACAUGUUGGAGGUGUCCCCAGUGAAGUCAAAAUUACCGUCUUUAGGAGAAUUCAAUGUUCAUGAAGAUUGUGAAGUUCAUGAAAAGGGUGCGGUUCAUGUAAAUGGUGAUGAAGAGAACAAUGAUGGGUUCAAGACUCCUACUUCUUUGGAUCACAAAAUUCCUAGCCUGCUCAAAUGCCCACCUGCACCAAGAAGGCCAGUAUAUCUCCAAGCACCAAAACGAAAAGAUUAUGUUCACCGGACAAUCCUAAUUGAUUUGACAAAAGAGAUUGAGGCUUUGUUUCCUCCAGCUUUUCUUGCAGAUCUAGGCAAGAAGAUUAAGAAAGCCAGACAAGGAAGUGACUUCAAAUGAUAUGAUCAUACAUCAUAUAUUUCUGUGAAGAACAAAGUUUAUGUUUUUUCUUUCUUUUUUUUUUUAGUUCUCUUCCUUUUUGUGUGGACAUUUCCACAUGAAAGUGGCAUUCUAUCUUAGGUAACAGUGAUCGGUAUUCUAUCUUAGGUAACAGUGUUCUCUCAACAUCAUCAAUGCCAUAUUCAGCUUCAUUUUAACAUUUUCA